AUGAUGGGUGUGUUCAAAAUGUUGAUGCUUUAUUUCAUAUUGUUCACUACCAUUAAUGGUUUCCUUUUAGAUAGCCAACAAAGUAAUGGAGGACAAUCUUUGCCUUCCAAUCAAUAUAUGACAUUGUCAAAGUUUUAUGAAGAAGAGAAACGGCUGCAGCUGAAAAUGGAAAAUCUACAUCAAGACACUUUUACACUUCGACAUGACAUGGACAAUUCAUUUGUUCUGCUUACCGCUCAACUACAACAUAAAUUGGAUUUGCUGGAUAUGAAAUUAGCAGAUAUUGAAAAGAACAAUGUUACUAACGAAGAUGUAUUAAAGUUAGAAGAAAAAAAUAAAGUUCUGGAGCAAAAUUACAAAAACUUACAAAACGAAAACACUGUGUUGCAGAACAAAUACAAUCGGGUGGAAAAUGAUUACCAGUUACUUAAAAACAAAACGAAAUACCUCGAUGAACUGUUACUGGUGCAAACAGGAUUAUUCAAUGACGUUCUUGGAAAUUUGUCCAUUCAAGGGAGGGAAUCAACAGUCUUACAAAACAAAUCUAUUUUGAUGGACCAGGAAAUUUCAAAAUUAAAACAGUUAGGAAGCAUUCAACCACUUAAAGAAAUCAAAACUUUACAACAAUCUGUACAAACUAUUACUGCACAGACGAACUCUUUGAGUAUGAAGGAACGUGCACGUAGUCAAGAUUUUCUGGCGUUAUACAAUAUGACAACGAAUUCGCUGAAUGAACUUGAAGUUCGCACCCACAGUAAAAUCAAUCAACUAGAAAAUAUAACGCUUGCCCAGUUACACGAUAUUGAAAAGAAAAGUGAGGAAACUGAAAACCUAAACAAUUUGACGUUUUCACGGAUUCAACAACAGAUAAAUGAAAGCACCGAACAAGUUGCGAUGACAGCUCAUCCUACAUUCUCUGGAACAUCAAGUGGCAUCAUGAAAUUUGACGACGUCAGCUUCAGUAUUGGCAUUAAUAACCUCGCAGCUUAUAAAAACACUGGAAAGUUUAUUUGUGAAAGAAAAGGACUGUAUAUUAUUUCGUCUUCAAUCAUGUCCCAUGCAAAUCUAGGUGACUACUACAUUAUGCUGAAUGAUAAUAUAAUAUCGGAGACAAGGGUUGGAUAUUCCAGUAGUCCUCCUUCAUCAAUGUAUCAUACCGGUACUAUUGUUCUAGCACUUCAGUUACAUCCUAAUGAUAGUGUGUGGGUACACAAUCCUGGGUAUUAUAUGAACGGAGGAUUGUAUUCUACAUUAACAAUUGUGAAAGUGAAAUAA